AUCGGCGCGUUCACACUGCUUGCUAUUCUUAUUUCGUUUCGCCUAGUGUUUUUCGUUGUAUUUUACUUUGUUUCAAAGUUCGUAAGUCACACGUUGUAAAAAAUAUUAAAAAUCUGUAUUGCAUUGUAUAAACUGCUGGGCACGUGACUCUCCACAAAAUAGUUUUCAAAACAUCGUAGUUUUUGGAUAAUUUUGCAUAUUAGAAAGUUCUAGAAUAGAAGCCAUGGCCGAAACCGAGACGAAGCACCAUCCCGAGCACCACGAUGAGGAUGUUCAUGAUGCCAACUACCAGGCACCGCCGGAGAAGACCAUCGAGGAGAUAAUGGCCGCCGAUCAGGAGGAUGAGAGCUUGCGGCGCUACAAGGAGACCCUUUUGGGAGCUGCUCAGGCCGAGAAAAUUAUUGUUGAACCCAAUGAUCCCCGGAAAGUGAUUGUUAAGAAACUGGCCCUCGUCGUAGAGGGACGCCCCGACAUGGAAUUGGAUCUUACCGGUGACCUUACUCAGCUCAAAAAGCAGCUAUUUGUGAUCAAGGAAGGUGUUCAAUACAAGGUGCGAAUAGAUUUUAUUGUGCAACGUGAAAUUGUCCAUGGCCUUAAGUAUGUACAAAAGACUUCUCGCUUGGGUGUUACUGUUGUGGUUGACAAAAUGAAGCAUAUGGUUGGCUCCUAUCCGCCUAAGAAGGAAAUUCAAUUUUAUUUGACGCCUGCCGAGGAGGCACCCUCUGGCACACUUUCCCGCGGCACCUACUCGGUCAGGUCGGUCUUCACGGAUGACGACAAGCAUAUACAUCUGGAGUGGGACUGGACCUUUGAGAUUAAAAAGGACUGGGCCUAAGAAACAUCAAACAGCACACAGACACACACACGACAUACGCUUUUUGUUUUUCCCAACACAUCUUGUAAAUGAGUUUAUUUUUGUUCCAAAAGUUUAAGCGAUAUUUUCCAAAAUGCAAUUGAUCGUCAAGUAUUUUUGUUAACGGUAUUAAAUUUGAACUAUUUUUGUAUCUAAAGUGUAAUGUAAAACCAUGAUAAGUAUUUUUGAUAACCAUUGAUAAUUGAAUGUGUGCAGAUGAUGAGCAAUUCUCGCCUAAGUCCUCAAUAAUAAGACGCCAAGUCGAUCAGUCAAGUCAGAACCAAGUCAAGUCACUAGGCCAGUCAGUCAGUCGUUUGAUUGGAAAUGCCAUUGCCUAUGUUUAACAUACUUUUUCAAACGGAUUAACAUUGAGUAAUGAACUUUAAGAAAGUUGGUUGCAUUUCGCUAUGUAUUUAAAAUUAUUGAACGGAACGGUUUAUGUUAAAUGUAAGAUCAAGUCCCCCGAACUAAAGGAAACAAUGUCCAAAGAUGAUUUCCGCACCGUGAGCAUCAAUUUAAAAUCAAGCAAUUCUUAAUGUUAAAUAUAACUAAAGCUGAUACUUUAAAAAGCAUUUGAUGUUUGUGGAGCAUGCAAACACUGAAAUCUACAUUAUUCUAACUAUAUACUAUCUCUGUGUAUUUUUUGUGUACAAUAUAUGCGAAUGCUGAUUGAAUGCAACCGAAGAGCAAUAAAAAAUAAAAUAUAUAUAUUUUAAAAUGAAA